AUGGCUCAAAAUACUCAACAAUUUGGCAGUAGAAAUGAUGUUAAAAGAGUUAAUGAUGUGGACUUAAGUGGAAUUAAAAAUCAAUUACAAGAAAAUGCUCAACAAAUUGCUGCUUUAACCACCUUAGUGUCUAAAAUUGUUCCUGGUAAUGAGUCUACAGCUAGAGUAUGUGGUGUUUGUUCUGAUUUUUCUCAUGCUACUGAUGAAUGUCCUACUUUACAAAGUGAAGAUGUUAAUGCCUUAGGAGGUUUUCCUGGUCAAUCUCAAAGGAAAUAUGACCCUUUUUCUAAUACUUAUAAUGAAGGUUGGAAAGAUCACCCUAACCUUAGGUAUGGACCUAGACCACCAUUUUCUCAUUCUAAUCAAACUAGGCCAUUUGUUCAACAAAAUUCACAACAACAAUCUGGUUCAUCAUUAGAGGAUUUAGUGAAACAAUUGACUACCCAAAUUGGACAAGUUCAUAGUCAAGGUGUUCAAUAUCAAAAGAAAACUGACACUCACCUACAUCACAUAGAUACUCAAAUAGGUCAAUUAGCACUUCCCUUAAAUAGAGAAAUAGAGAAAGAGGUAGAAGUCAGACCUAAGGAUGAUGUAGCUGGUGAGAGUAAGGAAAAACAUGAUACAGAAAGUGAGAAAGAACUGGAAAAGAAGGGUAAUUUUGAUGUGAAUUAUGAUGUUUCUCGUUUUAAAGAUAUUCCCCCUUUUCCUUCUCGAUUUGCUAAAGCUAAGAAGGAGGCCCUUGACAAUGAAAUACUUGAAACAUUUAAGAAGGUUGAAGUGAAUAUCCCUCUUCUUGAUGCUAUUAAACAGAUACCUAAGUAUGCUAAGUUUCUAAAAGAACUUUGUACUAACAAAAGGAACUUCAAGCCUCGUGAAAAGGUAAGAAUGGGUGAGAACAUAUUUGCUGUAAUUCAAAAGAAACUUCCUCCAAAAUGCAAAGAUCCUGGCAUGUUUUCUAUCCCAUGUAAAAUUGGUAACACUAAAUUUGAAAGAUGCAUGUUAGACUUAGGUGCUUCAAUUAAUGUCAUGCCUAAAUCUGUAUAUGAUACUUUGAAUGUGGGUCCUUUGUCUAAAACUAAUGUUGUUAUCCAAUUAGCUGAUAGAUCUAAUGCAUUUCCUAUGGGAGUUUUGGAAGAUGUACUUGUUCAAGUGAAUGAACUAGUUUUUCCUGCUGAUUUUUAUGUGCUUGAUAUGGGUGAUAGAUCUGAUAGUGUUCCUUUAUUGUUGGGUCGUCCUUUUCUAAAGACUUCCAAAACUAAAAUUGAUAUUCAUGAAGGUAAUUUGACAAUGGAAUUUGAUGGCGAAAUGAUUAAAUUCAACAUAUUUGAUGCUAUGAAAUACCCUAAUGAUAUCAGUAAUGUUAGUUCUAUAGAUUCAUUUGAUGCAUGUGACUGGAUGGCUCAGGAUGUUUUUGAUGAGUGGUGUAAAAAUCUAUUUGAAAAUGGUGUGUUUGGUGAUUUUAAGGAAACAAAAAUGGUUGAUUCUUUUGUAGUUUCAUCUGAUGUGAUUUAA